AUGAAGCACUCUCAACUCGCCCCGCUCCCCAAUGACCUACCUUUCCGGAUAGUGUCGAAAACAAUUGGACAGGGUGCAUACGCAUGUAUCAAAAGGGCCUGUCCGCUACAAAGCGACACGCCUGUAUUUGCAGUAAAAUUUAUCCACAAGGAUUACGCAGCUCGACAUGGGCGCAUCACCAGUAAACAGCUGCAGAUGGAAGUGGCAUUGCAUAAACACAUUGGACGGCAUAAUAACAUCAUCUAUUUUCACGAAACGGGAGAGGAUGACUGUUGGCGCUGGAUAGCAAUGGAGUUAGCGGAGGGGGGCGAUCUGUUCGACAAGAUCGAGGCGGAUGAAGGGGUGGGGGAGGAUAUUGCGCAUGUCUAUUUCUCCCAGCUGGUUAAUGCGGUUGGAUACAUGCACUCCAAGGGUGUUGCUCAUCGAGAUAUCAAGCCCGAGAACAUUCUUCUCGCUGCGGAUGGCAAUUUGAAAGUAGCUGAUUUUGGAUUAGCCACGUUGUAUGAGUAUCGGGGGGAGACGAAACUGAGCACGACGUUGUGUGGCAGCCCCCCUUACAUCGCCCCGGAGGUCAUCAAGUGCAGCAGCAGAGGUAAGUCAAAGGGCGGGGGCUACAGAGCUGACCUCGUGGAUAUCUGGUCCUGUGGAGUGGUGCUCUUUGUUCUCCUUGUUGGGAAUACCCCCUGGGAUAGCCCAACGGAUGAGAGUUAUGAGUUUGUUGAGUAUGUGCAGACAAACUCGAAACCGUCGGAUGUGCUUUGGGAGCGCCUACCAACCGCUGUUUUGUCUCUGCUUCGAGGAAUGAUGAAGAUCGACAGCACCAGCAGGUUCUCCAUGGAAGAUGUCCGUAGGCACCCUUGGUUUACACGACAGAAUCCCUAUUUGUCUCCAGAUAGCAAGCUGGCAAAUCCCCUCAAUCUAGCCACGACCAUGUUUGAAUCACUACAUAUUGAUUUGAAUAGAGAUCCAUUGUCCCUAUCCUCGCAGCCUACAUCCAACAUGGUCACAGAUGCCAUGGAUAUAGAUGGAUCCGAGUCGGAUAUGAAGCCUAAAUAUUCUUCCACCCAACCAGAAAACCCAGUCGAGGACACCCUGGAUUGGGACGGGCCCCCUCGUCUCACUUCACAUUGCACCUUCUCCCAACCAAAACCAAUGGAUACAGAUCAUGUUAUUCUACUCACCGAACGCCUAUCUGAGGAUCCAUCCAUGUCUCAGUUUUCUGCAAACCCCUCCGUCCCUCUCAGUCGAACUCAAAAUGCACAGAUAUUCCAGGAUAUUGUCCCUGCAUCUCGCCUUACUCGCUUCGCCUCAGCAUGGCCGCUCAGCCUGCUAGUUCCGCGUGUCUGUGAAGCGCUACAAGUCCUGCACGUGCCGGCAUCCCCGACAUCGUCUGAGCAUGCUGAUUCGAUACUCAUACGGGUACGCACUCAGGAUGACAGGAAGUGCCCACUCCAUGGCAAUAUUAUUAUUGAAGGCAUUGCAGAUGGACAUGCGGAAGUUGAAUUUGUUAAAAUAAAAGGUGACCCAUUGGAAUGGAGGCGAUUCUUUAAGAAAGUGGCCGUCUUGUGCAAGGAUGCCGUAUUUAAGCCAUAUACCUAG